AUGUCGCGAAAACCCACAACCAACAGCCGGGGCUCCAACGGCGCACCCUCGACGGCCCUUCCAUCCGACAUCUGCCCCGUCUGCAAGCGCGUCCGCUACCUCAACACCGACAUGCGCUUCCUCAUCAACCCAGAGUGCUACCACCCCAUGUGCAGCAACUGCGUAACCAACAUCUUCAAAACGGGCCCGGCGCAAUGCCCCUACGCGACCUGCAAUCAAACCCUGCGCUUCAAAGGCUUCCGGGAGUCCUUCUUCUCAGACCUCGGCACCGAGCGUGAAGUCGACCUCCGCCGCCGUGUUGAAGCCGUCUUCAACAUGACGCAAGACGACUUCGAGACGCUGCGCGACUGGAACAACUACCUGCAAGACAAGGAAGACCUGAUCUUUGCGCUGGUGUACGGGGACGACGACGAGCGGCGCAAGGCCGAUGACGAGGUGCUCGCGUACGAGCUGAAGAAUAAAGCUGAGAUUGAGAAGAACCGUAAGAAGGCCGGCAUGCGGGAGAGCGAGCGCAAGAAGAUGGAGGCGGACGCUCGGGCGGCAGCUGAAGCGCGACGGCUGGAGGAGCUGCGGGAUGAGGAGCGCGCGAAGGCCGAAGAGGCGAGCUUGAAUCAGGAGGUUAUGGAGGCGCUUGCGAGGGGGGAACCAGGGUCCGCGGCGGAGAUACAGGACCGCAUACUGGCGGCUAAGAAGGCCAAGAUUGCGCAGCUCAACCCGAGCAUGUUCGCGCUGACGGCCUCGAAGCAGUCGAGCUUGCUGUCGAUUCGCGGGCUGAAGCCGAAGAAGAAUGACCAGGAUGAGGAUGAAAGCAAGCCGUACGAUCCCCUCAUGGGCUUGAGAAUGGAGCCUCAGAGAUACGUCCUGCACGACCGUUACGAGAACUCAUUCCUCGACCUGGCGCGCACGAGGGACGACCAUCGUAUUCCUGGUUAUAGCGUCGAUGAGUACGUGUCACGAUCCAUGUUUGAGGCUUUUGCGGGGCUGGGAAUUGUGAUAGAGGACGACAAAGACACUCGCCAGAAACCAGCGGCGGCAUAA